AUGGCCUCAACCGACGUCAAGAUGAGUGAGCCCAGAGUUGCCCAGCCAAUCGAAUUUCACGACAACAAGAGCGCUCUUUACCACCUGCGUCACAAUGGUCGUCUAAUCGUCACAGCUCUGCUGCUGUCGACAGCUUACUUCACCUUUGGCUAUGAUGGCUCUGUCGUCGGUGGCGUUAUCGCCAUGCCCUCCUUCAUCAAGCAAUUCGGUCAUGCUUCAACCAGUGGUGGUAACAUUCUCCCAGCCACCGAUGUUUCAAUGAUCACUUCUGUUCCCGUUGCAGGGAGCUUCAUUGGCUUCCUAAUCGCAACUUGGAUGGGAGAUAUAUUCGGACGCAAGAAAACAAUGUGGCUUGGUUGCUUGGUCAGUCUAAUCGGAGCUGCGAUUCAGACAGCUUCGAGCAACGUUGCUACCAUUACCGUUGGUCGCGCCUUUGCCAACAUCGCUAUCAUGAUCUUUCUGAGCAUGACGUCUUGCUUCUCAAACGAAAUAGCGCCUGCACCUGUUCGAGGAGCAAUCGUUGGCCUGUCGAUUGUCCUGAUUGACACGGCAUCUGUGGUCACUUCGGGUGUCAGCUGGGGCACACAUGAGAACCCGACAAGCUUUGCUUACCGACUUCCGCUCGGGCUUCAGGUUCUAUGGCCACUUCUGAUAGCAGCUGGUCUGACCUUUGUUUCGGACUCGCCAACAUAUUUCCUAAUUAAAGGAGACGAUAAUCGUGCUUACGCUAGUCUCCGCAAAGUCCGUCAAGGCUACACCGACGAUGAAAUCGAGCUGGAGAUGCAGAGCUUGAAGUACCAGGAAUCACUGCGCGCAGAGGAGACCGAAGUCUCAUGGUUCGAGCUAUUCAAGGGAACCAACCUUCGUCGAACUAUGCUUGCUCUCUCCAUUGGCAACUUUCAGCAAUUGUCCGGAAUUGCCUUUGCCACCAACUAUGCAACCAUCUUCUUAACCCAAAUUGGUUCAUCCAAUCCCUAUCUGUUGGUUCUGGGACUUAACAUCCUCAGUCUCGGUGGUGCUGUGUGCGGUCUCUUUGUCGUCGAUUGGAUGGGGCGACGUACCCUUGCCUUAUCCUCAUUCGUCGUUUUGUUCAUCAUCGACAUGGUUGUAGGAGGUGUGGCAUUCGCUGAUCAGACCAGUCCAAUCGUUGCAAAAAUCACCGCUGCUUUUUGUUUGAUGUUUGGAUUUUUCUUUGCAGCAGGGUUUGGUCCAUUGACGUACAUCAUCUCGUCGGAGAUGCCAACGGCCCGUCUUCGAAACAAGACUGGUGCUUUAACGUUCAUGAGCGUUUCCCUUUUCAACAUGGUUGUCACGUUCGUGCUUCCAUAUAUUGCCAAUGCUGACGAAGCCAAUCUUGCAGCCAAAACUUAUCUGAUCUUCGGUGGAUGGAUGCUUGGCUGCAUAAUAAUCACCUACUUCUGUUUACCCGAGACCAAAGGGCGGUCACCUGCCGAGCUGGACGAAAUGUUCAACGCUCGCGUUUCAACUAGAAACUUCAGAGGUUAUGUCUGCGCCGUUGCUCCAGAGCACGUCGAAGAAGCUAUGGGCAAAUGCCUCUCGUUGAAGGCCGGCGAAGGGGUGCAGAUUGAGAAGUUGGCCUAA